AUGGGGGCCGAAGAGUCCGACGCCCGUGAUUGCAGCGCGCCGGCGGCCGCGGUGGAGUGGGAAGACCGACAGCACCCAGCCCCCCUGGCGGAGCACUUGCACCUGCGCGGGCCAACUUCCUCGGGGCAGGUGUCCUCGGGAAAGGGCUCCUCCGGGCAGGCGUCGCCUGACCCGGCGGGAGGGUCGAAGCAGCCGCGUUUGGAGAGCCCGACCAGCGUCCCUACAUCUGGGAACCCUAAAUCUGGCCGCCCUACAUCUGGUAGUACAGCUUCCGUGGGCGGAACCUCCGGGGAUGAGUUGCCUCGCAAAGGGCACUUAUGGUUCGGCCGGGUGGACUGCGAGUCGGUGCAGCCGGACACGAGUCGGCCGUUGGUGCAGGUGGCGCCCAUGCUUCACUUGAUGGACCGGCAUUUCCGGAUGUUUCUUCGGCAGUUGUCGACACGCGCCCAACUGUGGUCGGAGAUGGUCGUGGACUCCACGAUUUUGCACGCAGAGGACCUUGAGCAGCACCUAGGCUUCGACGCUCGCGAGCAUCCGAUCGUGUGCCAGCUCGGCGGGAACGACCCCGCCAGCUUGGCCGCCGCGGCGCAGGUCGUCCGUCGUUGGAACUAUGAUGCCGUCAAUCUCAAUGUAGGCUGCCCCAGUCACCGCGUCGUCGCCAAGGGCUGUUUCGGCGCCGUUCUCAUGAAGACGCCCCACCUCGUUUCAAACAUUGCCCAAGCCAUGAUCCGGGGCCUCCAAGCCGAGGGCGCGGAAGCGGAGAAAGCUCCCGUGCGGCCAUGCCCGGUGUCUAUAAAGACGCGCAUUGGACUCGAUGGCUCCAUCGGCGGCGAGUGGUUGGAGCGGAACAUUGCGCUUUUCGGCGCGUCGGGCUGUCGUGACUUCGUUAUCCACGCGCGCGAAGCCAAGUGCGGCCUCUCGCCUGCCAAAAAUCGAUCGAUACCACCCCUAAACUUCGACGAGGUCUUUGAACUGGAACGCAAGUUCGGCAGCCCGGAAGGGUAUUGUGGCUACGGGGCCGACGCGAUCGGCGCCAACUCAGUCGGUGAGCACCCACUCGGUGGUGCGGAGGGGGCCGCGUUUCGGCCUUACCGGUUUAGCAUCAACGGCGGGGUGCAGACGUUGGACGAGGUUUGGGCUCUGUUACACGUGCCCUCAUAUCAUGACAGCAGCCGUUCGGCGCUGGACGGCGUGAUGAUGGGACGCGCCUGCGCUGACAACCCUGUGGUGCUGGCAGAUGUGGACCGGCGAAUAUAUGGGGACCGCAACCCAGAGACGGCGUAUUCUCGUCGCAGCGUCGUGGAGGGAUACAUCCAGUACCUGGACACCGGAACGAGGAUGGGUCGUGCUCCAGAGGAGGAGGUUACGCUUGAACACUCUUUCCGCUACCUCCGACCCAUCUCCGGCCUAUUUCAUUCCACUCGUGCGAGCAAGUGCUGUCGCCAGCUCAUCGACAAAAUCGCGCGCUCAGACCUCGAGAAACCACAAAUCAAACUCGCCCGUUUCCUCAAUGAACUAGACAACAAGUUUCCCGAACUUCUCGUCGCACCCCUCGUCCCCGAGGAGGCCCGCGCUGACCAAUAA